CCAAAACUAGGAACCAACCAAACCCAACCAAGCCUGAAUCCCCCGACGGACAAACCUAAAAACUAAAAAUCCCUCAACGGCUAAACCUUCGCCUCCUUCGACCAAAAAAUAUUCAGUUCCCCAUCUCCACCCCGACACGGGCGCACCCAGCCCUGCUUCGAAGUCUUCUCCAUCUCGUCGACGUUGAGCCUCUGCCGUCCAGCCUUUGAAAUCGAAGUCAUCUUCUCCAUCUCUUCAAGCCUGUGAAGUCGAGCUUUGGAAGCCGCUUCUCCAUCUCGUCGAGUAUCUCGGAGCAACGUGACUCUGGAGCACUGAACUUCCGGAGCAGGUCGCAGCCUUUCAAGCCUCUCUUUCAGACGCGAUUUUAACUCUGAAACUUGAGCCUGCAGAAAUUUAGAUUGAAGACGCAACAAAUUGACGCUUGCUACUAACCCUGAACGGCUUAGCCCUUGAACCGCAGUGCCACAUUGAAGCCACAACAGCUGUUGCGGUGGUUUUGAAGCAAUCGUCACUGUUCUUCACCGAAGCAAGAAAAGAUGGCUGCAGCUGUGGCUUCCAACUUGGCGGACAAACAAACGCAAUGGGAUUUCAGCUGUGACUUGGAAGUAGAUUUUGGGUCUGAGGAGAAUGCUUCCAUUGUUCAUGCGGCCUUAGCUGUUGAUAAAGAGCUGCAGCCAGACAAAGUGAAAAGACACAUGUCAAUCUCUGGUGGGAAGUUGUCAGUGCACUUCGAGGCAGUGGAGGCCAGAUUUCUUCGAGCAUCAUUUUCUGCUUUCACGGACAUCCUUACACUUGCAACUAAAACAAUUGAAGAAUUUGGGGAAGGAAAAUAACAUUGUAAUGUCAAUUAUUAUCAACCAAUUAGCUGUACUGUUAUGUAAUUGUAAUUGAUACCUGGCACUUGCUGAUUUUUUAAGGCAUUAAUAUGCACUUUUUCUCAGUUCAAGUAAGUGUAUAUGCACACCAUUCUGAUGAGAAUUCUGUUUAUUUUCACAUGCAUUUACGGAGCUAUUGCCUGCC